GCUAUAUAGUCAGCGGAUUUAUAUAGCACCAAUCAAUAUGGGACACUAUACGCGACACAGUUGCCUCUUGGCCUUAGUCUUGUGCCUGGCAUUCAACACACAGCAUCUUUCCGUGCAUGGCGAUGCAUCACAUAUUGAAUCGGCCGCACUGCCAUUGGAACACAGAUCUGGCUAUGGACCGCCAGCGCCUGCACCCAUCUAUGGCGCACCACAGGGACCCCUGAGCACCGCUGGCGCUGGCCCCAGCAACGAUCUGUCCGAGGAGGCCUGGCCGCUGGCCAGCACCAACGACAGCCCGCAGAUCAAGCAUCUGCAGGUGCAGUGCGAGAAGACACACAUGCGCGUGAACAUUGAGUUCGACCGGCCCUUCUAUGGCAUGAUCUUCUCGAAGGGCUUCUACAGCGAGUCGCACUGCGUGCACAUGCAGCCGGGCACGGGCCAUCUGAGCGCCACCUUUGAGAUCUUCCUGAAUAGCUGCGGCAUGAGCAGCUCGGCGAAUCACAAUGCGGCUGGCUAUGGUGCACCCACUCCAUCGGGCAGCUACGUGGAGAACACAAUCAUUAUUCAAUACGAUCCCUAUGUGCAGGAGGUUUGGGAUCAGGCACGCAAACUGCGCUGCACCUGGUACGACUUCUACGAGAAGGCGGUCACCUUCCGCCCCUUCCAGGUGGACAUGCUGCACGCUGUCACAGCUAACUUCCUGGGCGAUAAUCUUCAGUGCUGGAUGCAGAUUCAGGUGGGCAAGGGACCCUGGGCCUCCGAAGUGUCAGGCAUUGUGAAGAUCGGACAAACCAUGACCAUGGUGCUGGCCAUUAAGGAUGACGAGAACAAGUUCGAUAUGCUCGUGCGCAACUGUGUCGCUCAUGACGGCAAGCGUGCUCCCAUUCAGCUGGUGGAUCAAAAUGGCUGCGUUGUCCGGCCCAAGAUCAUGAGCAAGUUCCAGAAGAUUAAGAACUUUGGUCCCUCCGCGUCUGUGGUCAGCUUUGCCUACUUCCAAGCCUUCAAGUUCCCCGACUCGAUGAACGUGCACUUCCAGUGCGUCAUUCAGGUCUGCCGCUACAACUGCCCCGAGCCCAAGUGCGGACCCGGUCUGCCUGGUGGUGAGUACGGCCUGCCACAGAUCGGCGGCAAUGCGCUCUCCGAGGAGUACGGUCCACCAGAGGCCUACGAACGCAAUGACUUUGCCUUGGGUGGUCUGCCUCCAGCAGCUUAUCCCGAUCCACGCCAUCCUGCCGAUGCCAGCGGCGCCUACUCCGAGAAUCAACCCGACGUUGUGCCCUCGCCUCAGGCCCAGACCUCAGCGGUGACCACAGCCGAGUCGGCGGGCAACAAUGCGGGCAGCGGUCCAGCCAGCUCCCAGGCGCCACAGGCGCAGCCACAGCAGGGCAGCAACGAACUGGGCCUGCCGCCUCCACCACUGCCUGGCCAGCCUGGCCAAUACAGCACCGUGAAGCGCAAGGAUGAGCUGAGCGGUGGCAAUCUCGUUUCCCUGGGUGGCCGCCCACGCUCCGUUGAGGGUCUGGAUGAUCUGCGCGGCGUGCGCCGGCGUCGCGACACAAUGGAGAUUGUGGUCAAGCCAAGAAUCUACAAACGUAACGCACAGGAGAUGACCGACGUGAACACGAGUCGCAUCAUUCAGGUGGUGGCACCUGGCGAUGUCAACUUUGCGCUCAACAGCAAUGCCAGCAACGAGACGGUGGUGAUCCAAUCGGCGCGCUCAGCCGAUGCCGAGACCAUUUGCAUGUCUGUGCCCAGCUUUGUCGGUGGCUUGGUGAUGCUGUUGCUCGUCCUGGCUGUGGCCUCUCUAGUCGCCGCCUUCCUCUUUGUGCGCGUGCGCCAUUUCGAUCGCAAGGGCGCGGGCAUGGCCUAUGUCAACUAAGUAGAAGGCACAACAAACACACACGACACACCACAUACACCACACACACACACGCAUACACACUAGGUAUCCAUGGCACCAUCAUUAGCACGGCGUGAAUUGAAAACCAAAUCAGUUUUAUGUGCACCUCUAUUCAUUUCACACUUCUAAUUUCUAACUUAUUUAUGCUUUCUCAUGCUCUACAACAUUUCCUUAACUAUUUAUUAUUAUUACUUUAAUUUGUUUUUGGCUAUUUAUUGAAUUGUAAUUUCGUAUGGCAACGAUUCGCCUUAUCUGCAUGAUUCUUUAGUUCUUGAACGAUCGAAACGAAUCGAAAUAAACGAAAAUUGUGACGUAAUUUUGCUCAUUGUCAGAUUUGUUAAGUUUCAGUUAUACAUAAAUAAUUUAAACGCAAAACAAGAAAAAACGCAA